AUGGAAAAGAUCCAGGCCACCCUUGCAUCAGCGAAUAGCCAGAUACAAGCGUUGAUGAGGACAACAGAGCAUCACGCGAGCCAAGUGGAGCGGGCUACUCCAGCCAUUGCCGAAAAUGAGAGGCUAAAGGAGUCAGUGAAGGCGUUGGAGAAAAUGCUAGCCGACGCCCAUAGCGACAAGAAAGCGGUUCAGGCACGUGUGAAGCAGCUGGAGUCAGAGAACUUAGCGCUGACCGACCAGCUAAGCAUGGCCGAAGCCAAACUCACCACUGUCUUUGAAGAGCUCAGCACGGUGGGACCGAACUCGCCAUUGUCACCAAACGGAGAAAUGCACCCAAACCCGCUUCUUAGAGCGAAUCGAGCGCUGCUAGCUUCAAGAUCCAGAUCCAUUCCGAUGGCGCCGAGGAAGAACACCCGCAAGGACCGAGAUGUUUAUGUCUUGGAUCCACCGAGCCUAGACUGGCCGACCAGUGUGGAGGGCUCUCGACGGCCACGAGGGACCACCGAAAUGGCCGUGGUGAUGGGUGGUGGUAGACCAUCUGAACCCGCCGAUGAAGAGGAAGAAGUGGCAGCCUUUCGAUGUCGUAGGGGCCUUAGGAGCGACAAGCAGCUGGUCCAGGAAGGGCUAGCCAACAAGAAAAGAAAAAGGAGACCUGCAUCUUCUUCCCAGCCAUAG